GUCACGCCUAAAUUCCCCACGUUGCGGAAGCCCGGCUUCCUUCCGACCCCGCGGAAGGCUCCGUGGGGAAGCGCCUCUAGGCCACCAGAGGGCGCCAAGCCUGACCCGGCGACCCUAGAGCCGAGUUAUGGCCGCGGCGCGGGUGCUGCUGCUACUGUCCGGGCGCCCGGAGUCGGUGAGCUUCGCGCAGAGUGUGUGCGGCCUCCUGGGCGCCAGACCCGGGCUCGGGCCGUGGCCCACACACUGCAGCCUCAAGCGGGGACAACUCGUCCUCUCGGCCAGGCCAUUCCCAGGCGCGUCGGCCAGGCUUCCGCUCCAGCGACCCCCUUUCUGCCCUUUUGCGGCCCUGGAGCAGCAGCCGGGGGCUCCUGCGGCCAAGCUGCCCAUGAAUCGAGGUGUGGAUCUGGGCGUGGCGGUCAUUCUGCAGUCCAGCGAUCAAACUGUCUUGUUGACCCGAAGGACAGGCACCCUCAACGUUUUCCCCAACCUCUGGGUACCCCCAGGUGGGCAUGUGGAACCUGAUGAAGAGGUAACCAAUCAAGUGACACAACCCGCACCUUGCCCCAGAGGACAGGGUGCCUGGGACCAUCUUGGGGCUGGGCAGAGGGAAGGGCAAACACAGGACUCAGAGGAGUCAGGCACUGGCCUCUCUGACCUGCCCUCUCACUCCCAGCUGUUGGAAGGAGGGCUUCGAGAGCUUUGGGAGGAGAGUGGACUACAGCUGCCCCAGGGCCAGUUCUCUUGGACCCCUCUGGGGUUAUGGGAGUCUGCCUACCCCCCUAGGCUGAGCUGGGGUCUCCCCAAAUACCAUCACAUCAUUCUCUAUCUCCUUGUCAUCUCUCAGGAGACACAGCAGCAGCUACAGGCCCAGAUCCAACCAAACCCAAGAGAGGUGAGCGCCCUUAUGUGGCUGGGACCAGAUGUAGCAGCUGCGGUGGCUGCCACAGAGGGUGAGACAGAGACACCCAGUCAUCUUCCCCAGGACCUACCACCUUCUGUCCUUAGAACUCGAGGAUGGAGGAGUUCGACCUCUGGCCUUGCCCACAUCCACACUGCUGCGGACGACCCCAGCCACGGCAGAGAGCACAGAGAGGGUCAGCACCGGGACCAAGUUUGCCCUCAGGCUCUGGCUGCAGCAUCUGGGAAGGUAGAGCCGGGAUAGCAGCUGAGGUGACAGGACAGUGCUUCUUGGUCGGGGGUAGGUCCUCCUCGUCUGAUGAGCUUUCUAUUGUCAAGUCAAUAACUUCAACCUUCUUUUUAUUAUCUGAUGAAUUGCCUUCUUGCACUGGGCUAUACUGGAGGCCUGUAGGUGGUAAGAAGACUGUGUCUCAGAGAAGAGACCAUACAAGACUGAGCUCAACUGGGGGACAGGGGGUCACUCACCAUCCAGCCCAUACCCUGGCGGGGGGCAAACCUCAGAUGCCUCCUUUUUGGGUUUCAUUGGGCACCAGGAUCCGUCUUCCAUGAAUUGGAUCUCAUCACAAUCCGAGCAGGAAUUAAGAAUCUCCAUAAAUAACCUGGAGGAGGGGAGAGAGGAAAAGUCAUGCGGCUGGAACAGGAGCCAGGGUGUUCUGGGACCCCCACUUCCUGAACCUCAGUUUCCGCAUCUGUAAAUUAGGGACAUUAUCCACCCUACUGACCUCUCUGAGUUGUUGGAAUCAAAUAAAGUAAGAUGUGUAAAAGAGCUUUGGAAACUUUAAA